AUGGCUGAAAACAAAGAAAACCACAUUUCAAUCGAUAACAUUCCAUACGAAAUCUUGUAUCAAAUCGUCUCGUUGAUUCCUUUGAAAGAAGCUGCAAGAACCAUCAUUCUUUCAUCUUCAUGGAAGCACUUAUGGGCACCAGUUCAAGUGUUCGUAAACAUGGAUUUUGAUCGAAUAACAACUCAAGAAUCUGGUCAACAGAUGAACCAGCUCAUCUCUUCUUUCUUAAACACUUACGAAACAAGUUACCAGAUCCUCAAUCUUUCUUUUCUCGAACCAAAAACAGUUAGCGAAGAAACCCUGUUCUUCAAAGCCAUUAAAGGAGUAGACAAAGAGCUUCACAUAUGCUUCAAUGGAGAAACCCCCACAGAUUUCGGUCUAACUAUUGAAUUGCCUUUGUGUAAGAACGCCCAUUUUUGUUCUCUAAAGACCCUCCACCUUAGAUCCAUCACCAGCCUGGCCGGAAGCUUCCUACCGGAGUUGUUUUCCAGUUGCUGGAACCUUGAAACCCUAACUCUUGAAAAAUGCAGUGGCUUGCAGAAUAUUGACCUAAAAGCACAUGGGUUUUUGCAGAAGUUUGUGGUUUUGGACUGUGAAAACAUGGAAAAUGUUACCAUUUUAUCAGCUCCAAACCUUAAAUCUUUCUGCUAUCGAGGAACCCUGGUUAAAACUGAACUUGAAGACGUACCAGCGUUGUGUGAUGUUACCCUAGACUUUAAGGGCUCUACUGCCUUACGUGAUCACAGUGAGUUUGAUAGUGAAGAUAUCGUCUCUCUUCUUGCUUCUCUCAAGGAUGUUGAGGUACUCACUGUAAGUGGGUGGCUACUUGAGUGGUUAUGUACAAGAGGAGUAAUAUUUGAUGACUUUGACUUCAUGUUCAACGAGUUAAAAGAGCUUUCAUGGAUCGAUUGUUGCAUGAACAAACAAAAGAGAGAUUCACUUGUUUGCUUCUUAAGCAUCACACCAUCCUUGGAGAACUUAUUCAUAAAGAUUGACAAAAAAUGGAGUACGAAACCAUGUUCACAUUUUCACCAAUCUUGUCCACAAGCUUGGACCAAUGAGGCAACCACGUCUAGUGAUUGGAACCUUAAGCAUAUGAAGGUGGUGAAGUUUUUGGGGUUCAAGAUCGAAGAACAGAACCGAAUGUUGGUUUCCUUGAUAGAUGUUUUACUGAAAAAGGCCAUUGUGAUGAAGAAAAUGAGUGUUACGGAACCUGAAAACAAGCUUUCAUGGUCUGUAGCUAAAGUCCCUCGAAGUCAUUUGAACAAGAUGGAAAAAGCAUCAACAACAACUUGUCACCCUUCUAAAUCUUCUCUACUCUUGUCGUCAUUGGACAACAAUUGUUGUUUUCGGUUAACGCCAACAAGUGAAAAUGAAAUUGUUCCAAGAUUUCUAGUGGGACUUCAAACCACUCGUCACCACCCUCGCUAUGGACUCGCUACACCACUCCCUAACCUUCGCUAG